UUUUUUAUAAAAACGCAAGAAAAGUAGUCGACCUUGUCAUUUUUUCUCUCACCCAAUUUUGAUCAAGUCACGCAGAUGACUACAAAGAUUCGAUCUCACAAUCAGUAGUUCAAUGAAUUUAACGAGAUAAACACGAAUCUCUCUUAUCCAAUCAUUCAUUAAAAUUUCGAUUUCCCACUCAAGUAUAACUCGCGUUCUUGAAAAAUUUUAUCAAGAUUGUAAAAGCAAGAACAUCUUCAUAUGCACGACAAUAACAGAGGAUGCCAACAGCUGACGUACUCGACCCUGAUGCUAUUCAAAUCUACGACAAUCUUGAACAAUACUGCAACUGCCUGUUAACAUCAUGUUUUAAAAAGGGAAGAGAUGCAAUAAAGCGUUGUCAUAAACCACUGAUACUCGGUGAUAGCCGCGCAUCUGUGAUAUAAAUUGUGCUUGAAGAUCACAUUUCUAAAUAUUAUUCAAACUUUAUCGAAGAUGUUGAUACGUCAACAUCAAGAAGAUCUGUGCAAAAAAUAAUAUAAAUCAUAUCAAAUCAUUGGACAUUUAAAUUAGCUAAAUUUAUAAGCUAGUUUAAAUUCUUCUAAAUUAAAGAUUCUCGAGGAAAUCAAAAUUCUCGUCAUCUCAGGAGCUCGGAUUUCGCGAUUCUAUUGUGCUAAAAUGUCAAAAUUACAGCUAUAUAUAUAAGGAAAAAAGUUGACAAACUACAGUAAAGAUUGAAAUGCGAAUGAUACAUCAAAACUAGGAAGAGACAUCGGCACAUGUGUUUGAAAGAAAAUCAAAAGUGAAAAUCAUCGCUUCGCGAUGUUCAAGUUCUACUUGACGAUCUUGUUCCUGGGAUACGUCGGUGGGAUCUUGCCACCAGGUCUUCUCGAAACGAUUCGUCACUUCUUCUCAGGCUUCCCGCCACCACCGAAGAUACCGCAGAACGAGACACCAGAUUACACUCUUCCCUUCGAUUUCCUGGUGAUUGGUGCCGGCUCGGCGGGAUCCGUGCUCGCGAAUCGCCUGACCGAGAAUGCCAACUGGAACGUCCUGGUGCUCGAACAGGGCUACGACGAGAGCUUCCUCACGGAUAUUCCCUUUCUAGCGCCGAUCCUUCACGUCACGGACUACGCCCGCGUGUACAAAAGUGAGCCGGGACCUCAGGAUGCGAAUGGCCAGGGCGGAUACUGCCUGUCGAUGGUCGAUGGUCGUUGCAAAAUAGCGUCUGGUAAGGCAGUCGGCGGCACCUCGGUGAUAAACUUCAUGAUCUAUUCGAGGGGUUCGCCAGCCGACUACGAUACCUGGGGAUUGGAUAAUCCAGGCUGGAGUUACGAGGACGUGUUGCCGUAUUUCAUCAAAUCCGAGAGGUGUAAACUGAUCGAUAAAAAGGCAAGAUACCAUGGAUACGAUGGGUACCUGGAUGUCACAACUCCUUCUUACGCUACUCCACUCAAGGAACGUUUCUUGAUGGCCGGUCAAGAGCUCGGUUAUGAUCUAAUAGAUUACAACAGCGACAAGUCCAUAGGCUUCUCGAGUGUGCAAGCGAAUCUGCGGAAUGGGCACAGAGUUAGCGCUAGCAAAGCCUUCCUCAAGCCGAUCCGUGGCCGAGCAAACUUUUAUUUGUCGAAAUUUUCGACGGUGACGAAAAUUGUCAUUAAUCCAAAGACGAAAAUAGCCAUGGGCGUCGAAUUCGUAAAGAAUCAUAAAACUUACUUCAUCUCUCCCACUAAAGAGAUUAUACUCUGUGCAGGUGCUUUUGGAUCACCAAAGUUACUGAUGCUGUCCGGAGUAGGUCCGAAGGAUCACUUGAGCUCCUUAGGCAUCCGUACAAUCGAGGAUCUUCCAGUGGGAUUUAAUUUACAGGAUCACGUGACCAUGUCAGCUUUAACGUUUCUAGUCAACGAGAGCAUAACCGUUAUCGAACCGCGAUUAACUUCCAGUCCGACUAAUUUCCUGCAGUAUCUGAUACAAGGCACAGGUCCUUGGACGAUACCUGGAGGCGCUGAGGCAUUAGCUUUCAUUAAUACUAAGGCUAAUUUGAGUAUAACGAGAAGAAAAGUACACAAGCGACAUGGAAAUUUUAUUGCUCGGACUGUUCCCAAUAUAACUUCCAUCACCAUCAAUCGUGACAUCCUUGAAACGUAUCCUAACAGAAGCAAAUUAAUGAUAGAAGAUGACCAUCCCGAUAUCGAGUUGAUAUUGGGCGUAAGCUCGUUUCUUGGCGAUGUGUCCGGAACUUUUCGCAGUUUACUCGGAGUUACCGACGAUUUUUACAAAGAGGUUUAUGGUGAUUAUGAGGGUCUCGAUGCUUUCACGAUUGUACCUGUGCUUUUGCGGCCCAAGAGCCGCGGCAGAUUCACUUUGAGAAGUACCGAUCAGUCGGACUCGCCGAUCAUCGACAUGAAUUAUUAUGAUCACGAAGACGAUCUAAAUACGAUGGUGCAAGCUAUAAAGAUGGCAAUCGACAUAGCUUCCACGAGGGCGUUUAAACGUUACAACGCGACGCUGCUAUCAGUACCAUUUCCGGGAUGUAAACACAUUACUUUCAAGAGCGACCCGUACUGGGCCUGUGUCGCCCGUCACGUGUCGACGACCGUGGCUCAUUACGCGGGCACGUGUAAGAUGUCCACGCGGAGAAAUUCGGGCGUGGUGGACCACAGGUUACGGGUGCACGGAAUCGGUGGUCUCAGAGUCGCAGACGCCAGUAUCAUACCGACCAUAAUCGCCGGUCACACGACCGCGCCCGUGUACAUGAUCGCCGAGAAAGUCAGUGACAUGAUCAAGGAAGACUGGAAAAAUUCUGCUCCGUGAAUCACGCGCACGUGUGUGUGGGAAGCAAGAAAGUGGA